UCACCUGAUCGGAAGUGUCUUUCUGCCUGGCAACCCGGAACUUUCAGAAAGCCAGUUGGAGGCGAAAUGGGUUGCGAUGGAGGAACCAUCCCGAAACGGCACGAGCUGGUGAAGGGCCCUCGUAAGGUGGAGAAGGUUGACAAAAAUGCAGAAUUAGUAGCCCAGUGGUACUAUUGCACUCUAAGUCAAGAAAAAUUAAGCAGACCAAUAGUAGCUUGUGAACUUGGCAGGCUUUACAACAAAGAUGGAGUCAUUGAAUUUUUGCUGGAUAAAUCUUCUGAUAAAGUCCUUGUGGAGGCUGCAUCCCAUAUCAAGAGUAUUAAGAAUGUCAUAGAAUUGAAUCUCUCAGACAAUCCAGCUUGGACUGGUGACAAGGGGAAUACAAAAGGGGAUAAAUAUGCUGACAUCCAAAGUGCACGUUUUAUUUGCCCUGUGGUUGGAUUGGAAAUGAAUGGAAGGCAUCGCUUUUGCUUCCUACGCAACUGUGGGUGUGUGUUUUCUGAACGUGCUCUCAAAGAAAUUAAAACGGAAACUUGUCACAAGUGUGGAAUCCCCUUUCAAGAUGAUGAUGUGAUUGUCCUUAAUGGCAGCAAAGAAGAUGUAGAGAUGCUAAAGAAAAGAAUGGAGGAGCGAAGGCUGAAAAGUAAAUUGGGGAAGAAAUCCAAGAAAUCUAAGGCAGCAGAGACCAUUGUGAAAUCAGAAGCCGCUGAAGAUUCACAGAGUCCAUCUCAAGUCAAUACUGCAAAGGAUGCUACACAAACUGGAGAAAAGAGAAGCAUUGCCUUCUGCAAGAGUACAGUCAGUGAAAAAGCGCCAUCUUUCUCCGAGAAAAGCAUCAAAGGUGCAUCUGAACCUGUGAAGAGGUCCUCUGCAGCCAGUGGGGAGAAAUCAGAAACGUACAAGUCUAUUUUUACUUCCCACAGCUCAGCCAAACGCUCUAAGGAAGAGUCUUCCAAUUGGAUCACACACACCGCAUACUAUUUCUGAAAGAGAAAAUUGUAUGAUUUUGAGUGCCCUCCUGCUUUUUGCCACCUCUUGCUUUCUUUUUAUAGGAGAAGCUUUUGUUAUAGGAAAUAGUGCUUUUUAAACAACAAAGCAGCUUCAAAAAGAAGCCAACAUAGUUUUAAAGAGGAGAUAUUAAAAACGGUAGCUGAACUUGACUUUAAUUUUGAAAGGACACCUACUUUGAGUAAAUACUCAUCAUAAAAUGACUGCUUGAUGUCCUUUUUGAAGUCGGGAACUGUGCUUGAAAUAAGCACAAGUUCUGCUAGGUUCUGCUUAAUCUGAAUCGUUAGGCUGCAUCUGAGUGCAUAGGCCCAGUUGGUAUCUUGUAAGUAUUUCCCAUCCAUUUAUCUUAGUA